CGUUUUGAAAUUUUGUGACAAUACGUACUGUGAUGGACCCUCAGAAUACUGCUAUGUUAGGGCUGGGUUCUGGUUCUGAAGGGUUUUCUGGGAAAAGCCCCUCUGCAGUUGCUGCGGGUGCGGCGGGAGGCAGAAGGGAGUUGGAGCUAGAUGGUAGCGCCAAGGCGGAGGAAGAGAAGAAGCGGUGUCACGAGGAGAACGACAGCGAGGUCGGCAAGGAUGAGGGUCUGUCCGACUCCCAGCAGCAGUUUUCUGUGAAAGAGACGAACUUCUCCGAGGGAAAUUUAAAACUGAAAAUUGGCCUCCAAGCCAAGAGAACUAAAAAACCCCCUAAGAAUCUGGAGAAUUAUGUCUGCCGGCCUGCCAUAAAAACCACUAUCAAGCAGCCGAGGAGGGUGCAGAAGGCUGGGAAGAUGACAGAGGAGAAGAACGAUCCCGGCCCUGCAAAGCAAGACUCAUCAAAACUGUACAAGAAAAGUGGUGAAACCGCGGCGAUUGAAUGCUCCACAGCCGAGGGCAGGCCCAGGGAAAGCAGUCCGCUUUCAAAGAAACCUUCGCCGUUGCACUCUGAAGCUACCGAUUACGGGAAGUCGGCACUCUCUUCUCCAGUCAACAGCCGUGAUCCAGACUUGAAGGACAGAGCGCAGAUCAACGGAGCCACCACCAUGACAGAGAAAUUGGCCCAGCUCAUUGCAACCUGCCCCCCGUUGAAGUCUUCCAAAACCAAGCAGAAGAAGCCAGCCAUGGGGGUCGCUUCCGAAUUUGCGAAAGACUCUGGAAAGAAGCCUCCACCGACCGGAGCCCUGACCGUGACGGCUAGCAAGGACUUUGUAAAGAAACUAUCUGGCAGUGGCAGUAUGGGUGCCACGGUAGGCAACAAGGAUUUUGCGAAGAAGAUUCCGGGGACUGGCGGUGGAGCUGGAUCAGUCAGCAAAGACUCUGGGGCUAAAAAGCAACCAGGGACCUGCCCUAGUGCAGCUGGACUAGUUAGUAAGGAUUGUGGGAAGAAGUUGCCGGUCCUUACUUCUCCGAUAGGAUUGGUCUGCAAGGAUAUUGGAAGGAAACCACUAGUGACUGGCAUACCAGUUGGGUUAGUGAGUAAAGAGUCUGGGAAAAGGUUUCUGGGGCCCAGCGGUCCAAUUGGAUUGGUUAACAAGGAGACCAGUAAAAGGCUGCUAGGGGCUGCCAGUUCUCCCGGGUUGGUUAACAAGGACUUGGGGAAGAAGUUACCAGUGUCUGGCAGUCCAGUGGGAUUGGUUAAUAAGGAUCCUGGAAAGAAGUAUCCAGGUUCAGAUAACCCAGUCGGUCUGGUUAACAAGGACUUGGGAAAGAAACUGCCCAUGACCGGUACUCUGAGUGGGAAACUGCCCACGAUCAGCAGUCCAGGUGGUUUGGCUAAUAAAGACUCUGGGAGGAAGCUCUCGGGGGUUACUGGUCCAAUUGGGUUGGUUGCUAAAGAAUCAGGAAAGAAGGUACUGGGGGUUGGCAUUCCACCCAGUUUAGCCCUCAAGGACUCUGGAAAGAAAAUGUCCGGGGCCAGCAGUCCCCCCGGGUUCACUAGCAAAGACUCAGGGGCUUUGAAAGCAGACAUUGGCAACGCUUCCUCGGACCCCUUCAAACGCUUUUGUAGCGGAAGCGUCAUAAAUCUGGAUGGUCCCGAGCCCGCAGCCCCCCUGAAAGACAGUGGGGGCAUUAAAACGUUUGAGAAGCAUGUUCCAAGGCAGAGUAAAGACAGCAUCCCAGAAAAGUUGGCGGUUCAACGAGACAUCUCAGGAGGAGGCAAAGAAGGGGCCUGCGUACAGCAGGAAGCCCCUUCGCCAGUGGAAAGGGUCGCUUCUGAUGCGUCAAAGCAUGAAAAGCAGCUGCCAGUAUAUUGCACUUCCCCGGACUUCAGGACAGCCGGCGGGGCUUCUGACCUGUCUACGGCCAAAUCACCUUUUAGCGCUGUAGGAGAGGGGAACCUCCCGUCCCCCUCCCCAGCAGCCUCUGUCACUGCUUUGACCCGGAGCCCCCCAUCGACCUUGGCUCAGCUGACUUCCAACCUGUCGCAUUUAAAUAACACGCCAGAGCUCUUAGAAGGAAUUUCCGAGCCGAUUAGCAAGACCCCGUUUGCCACUGAUGGCGCUCGCUCAGCUGCGAGCAGGCUGUCAAAUCCCGGCUCGCACACUACCAGCAGAGGGAUCGGUAGGGAAUUAAAUGAUUGCAAAGCUGCCCACCCACAUACCCCGAAACAUAGCCCCGCCGUAGGUAGAAAGCUCAACUUGGUAACCAACUCAAACGUCCGUGCUGUCAUCGCCCCGUCAGUGGUGAGCUUCUCCAGCUUAUUUAACAAUAGACCCAUCCUAAAGAUUGGUGCCAUGACUGCCUCGGGGAAGCCUUGCCAAGGAACUGACUCCCUGAGCAGCAGCGAUGACCCACAGGCAAAGCCCUUAAAGAAAAGGAAAGGACGGAAGCCACGCUGGACCAAGGUGGUCUCUCGGAGCGCCUGCCAGCCUCCCAAAGGGCUAGAACUAGGAAGGCCUGACCUUUUCAAAAACCUUUCCUGCAGUGUGCUGUCAAACAGUAGCCUGGACCAGGGCAAGCUCUUUAAAAAUGCAGGCCCGCCUUCCUUCGCGGAGCACGGGUUCGUCAAGCAUCAGCUGCCGAAGCUGAACAAAUCUGGCAGCAUGCCGUCUCUUGCUCUGCUUAAUAAUGUUGAUAAGGAAUCCAGUAAAUUUUACAGUCCUCACGUGCAGGCUUCCGGCGGGUGCGUUUCAGACGAAUUGUUGCCCGACAUGUACAAGUCCAAAAGGGGCAGAUCGAAGUCCAAAGAGAUGCCCCACUUGGAAGGCCCCCCCAAGCGCACCCUGAAGAUCCCCGCCUCGAAGGUCUUUUCCGUGCAGUCGAAGGAAGAACAGGAGCCUCCAGUGUUGCAUCCGGAGGUCGAAAUUCCUUCCCUUCGGCAGAGCCUCGCCGAACACGCUUUCCCAAAGAAGAGAGGUCGGCCGAAAAGACAGAUCAGGUCGGGGGUCACGAUGAAGCCCCCGGUUCUGUCUGUAGCCCCUUUUGUCACUGCGGACAGUUCCGAUAUGCUGGAGCCCGAAAGCGACCAGCAACAGAGUGAGGAUUUCUUUGAAAUGGCGGAUCCGCUCGGAGGCCCAGAGGAACUUGGGAAGACGAACGCCUGCGGCGCUCCCGACCUCGAGAUAGAGCCAGACAGGAAAGAAACAAAACGGAACAACGGGCAGCUGAUGAAAACCAUCAUCAGGAAAAUCAACAAGAUGAAGACGUUAAAGCGGAAAAAGCUCUUGAAUCAAAUCCUCUCGUCCACCGUGGCGGAACCAAAUAAAGGGAAAGUGCAAUCCAAGCUCCACACCACGGUGUCAAGCCUCGCUGCCACGUUUGGCUCAAAACUGGGCCAGCAGAUCAACGUCAGCAAGAAAGGAACAAUCUACAUAGGAAAAAGGCGAGGCAGGAAGCCCAAAUCUGUCCUGAAUGGCAUCUUGGGUAAUUCUGCCAGCUUGGCUGUUCUUGAGAAGUCUGCCCAACAAGUAGGGGGGACUGCGCUAGGCCAGGCGGUCCCCUCUCUGCUGACUUCCGCCACAAAUAAUUCUGAGAUCCUUCCGUCUCCGGUUUGUUCUCAGUCCUCUGGGGUGAGUGGGGGGCAGAGCCCAGUCAGCAGCGACAUGGGCUUUGUGGAGCCCAACUCCGUCCCAUAUUUACACCUCCACUCCAGGCAGGGGAGCGUGGUUCAGACCCUCGCCAUGAGAAAGGCCUCCAAGGCCAGGAGGAGGCUCUCCCCACCGACCCUGCUCCCAAACUCCCCGUCCCACAUGAGCGAGCUGAGCUCGCUGAAGGAGGCGACCCCCUCGCCGAUCAGUGAGUCCCACAGCGACGAGACGAUCCCCAGCGACAGCGGGAUCGGGACCGACAACAACAGCACUUCCGACCGGGCCGAGAAGUUCUGUGGCUCGAAGAAACGGCGGCACUCCUUUGACCAUGUCUCCCUUGUCCCCCCGGAGACCUCCACGGUCCUGAGCAGCCUCAAGGAGAAGCACAAGCAUAAGUGCAAGCGCCGGAGCCACGACUACCUGACCUACGAUAAGAUGAAGAGGCAGAAGCGGAAGAGGAAGAAGAAAUACCCGCAGCUGCGUGGCAGGCAGGACCCCGACUUCCUGGCGGAGCUGGAGGAGCUGAUCAGCCGGUUGAGCGAGAUCCGGAUCACGCACCGAAGCCACCAUUUCAUCCCUCGGGACUUGCUGCCGACCAUUUUCCGAAUCAAUUUCAACAGCUUCUACACCCACCCCACUUUCCCUCUGGACCCUUUGCACUACAUCCGGAAGCCCGACUUGAAGAAGAAGCGAGGCCGGCCCCCCAAAAUGAGGGAGGCGAUGGCAGAAAUGCCUUUCAUGCAUAGCCUCAGUUUCCCCUUGUCUGGUACUGGAUUUUACCCUUCCUACAGUAUGCCUUACACUCCAUCUCCCCUUGCUGCCGCUCCGAUUGGCUUGAGCUAUUAUGGGCGGUACCCGCCAACCCUUUACCCCCCUCCGCCCUCCCCUUCGUUUACGACCCCAUUGCCCCCUCCGUCUUACAUGCAUACCGGCCACUUGCUUCUCAACCCGGCCAAGUACCACAAGAAGAAACAUAAGCUGCUGCGCCAGGAGGCAUUCCUCACCGCCAGCCGGGCUCCCCUUCUCUCCAUGAGCACCUACCACCCCAGUGUCCCGCCAGAGAUGGCCUACGGCUGGAUGCUGGAGCACAAGCACCGGCACCGCCACAAGCAUCGCGAGCACCGUUCCUCGGAGCAGCCGCAGGUCUCCAUGGAGGCCCUGGCAGCCAACGGCUCGUCCCGCACUGUCCUGGAGUCUCUCAAGCGUUACCGCUUUGGGAAGGAGGCGGUAGGUGAGAGGUACAAGCAUAAAGAGAAGCACCGAUGUCAUAUGGCUUGCCCGCACCUGUCCCCUUCGAAAGGCCUGCUGGGCAGGGAGGAACAGUGGGCCAGGCGGGAGUCAGCAGAGUCCAGCUCGCUCUCGCUAGGAUUACAGGCACCGUUGCAGAUAGACUGUUUGGACGCUCCACCCAGCCUGCCCUUGGGACGGUUCACGCCGAGCUCUGAGCCAGCCAGCAGCGACGAACACACAAACCUUUUCACCAGUGCAAUAGGUAGCUGCCGAGGCGCUGGCUCUUCCGGUGCUGGCGGGCGUAAAAAACUGUCUGACGGCUCGGGACUGUUCAGCCCCCAGGAAGCGCCGCUCAGCCGACCCCUGAGGAAGGAGACGCUGCCCCCCAUGGAGAAGGCGCUGACGAACUUGUCAGGCACACUUCCAGCACAGGACAAGCCCUCGCAGAGGCAAACGGAGACCACCAGCUGCAGCCCUUCCAGAAAGAGGUCUUCGUCGGAAAGCACAUCUUCUACAGUGAUUGGGAUACCCGCGCGGAACACAAGGCUGGGAAGCGCCGUGGAAGAUUCCGUGGAUAAUAUCCUACAGCACUUGGCCCAGCACGAAAGCCAGGCCGCGCUGGACAAAACCCUCGAGUCUGUCAUGGCGAACGCGCCCGCUCCCCCCUCCAGGAGCCCCAGCCGCAGCCCCAGCAGGGAGAAGGGCAGCGGCCUCUCGGGCCCGGGCAUCCUGGGCGAUGAGGGCCACCCUCUCCUUUCCGAUCGCCUGUCAGGCGGCUACUCCCCUCACCACCUCAAGAGGAGCAUGGUGGAAGCCAUGCAGCACCAGGCAAGGAAAAUGUGCAAUUACGACAAGCUGUUAGCCACCAAGAAGAACCUGGACCAUGUGAACAAGAUCCUCAAAGCCAAGAAGCUGCAGAGGCAGUCGCGGACGGGCAACAACUUCGUGAAGCGCAGGCCGGGCCGGCCCAGGAAGUACCCCUUGCAGUCGGUGGUCUCAGUGCACUCUCUCCAAGUGAGCCGGUUCGUCGGCCCGGACCUCGACAGCGGGGACAGCAGGAGCUGCCUGCUGUACCAUGGCCCUGACACCGUGAAGGACGCCAUCGAAUCGGUGGUUCAGGGAGUGAACGUGAAAGGGUGGAAGAGGAAGAGGUGGCUGGAGGAGGAGGAGCAAGCCCGGAAGAGGCAGAGGCCUCUGCCAGAAGAGGAGCGGGAGAGCAACAAGAGCUUUUCUGAGGCUGCACCUGAGUGCCCCACUCCUGAGGAGGCAGUGGUGAAGCCGCGCGAGCCAGAGAGAGUUGAGCAGCCCCCGACGGCCUUCGUCCAGCGUGAGAAGAAAGCUCCCCGCCCCCCAAAGAAGAAGUACCAGAAGGCAGGGCUGUACUCAGACGUGUACAAAACCACUGACCCCAAAAGCCGCCUGAUCCAGUUAAAAAAGGAGAAGCUGGAGUACACUCCUGGAGAGCAUGAAUACGGAUUGUUCCCGGCCCCCAUUCAUGUGGGAAAAUAUCUGCGACAAAAACGAAUAGACUUCCAGCUGCCCUACGACAUUCUCUGGCAAUGGAAACAUAAUCAGUUGUAUAAAAAGCCAGACGUCCCAUUGUACAAGAAAAUCCGUUCUAACGUUUACGUGGACGUCAAGCCCCUUUCUGGUUACGAGGCCACUACUUGCAACUGCAAGAAACCCGAGGAUGGAAACAAGAAGGGCUGCGUGGACGACUGUUUGAACAGGAUGAUCUUUGCCGAGUGCUCCCCCAACACCUGCCCCUGCGGGGAGCAGUGCUGCAACCAACGGAUCCAGAGGCACGAGUGGGUGCAGUGCUUGGAGCGCUUCCGGGCCGAGGAGAAAGGCUGGGGCAUCCGCACAAAAGAGCCCCUGAAAUCCGGGCAGUUCAUCAUUGAGUACUUGGGAGAAGUGGUCAGCGAGCAGGAGUUCAGGAACCGGAUGAUCGAGCAAUACCACAACCACAGUGAUCACUACUGCCUCAACCUCGACAGCGGAAUGGUUAUUGACAGCUAUCGCAUGGGCAACGAGGCUCGCUUCAUCAAUCACAGCUGUAAUCCCAAUUGCGAAAUGCAGAAAUGGUCCGUCAAUGGAGUCUAUCGGAUUGGGCUGUAUGCACUGAAGGACAUGCCUGCCGGCACCGAACUCACAUAUGACUACAACUUUCACUCCUUCAACGUGGAAAAGCAGCAACUGUGCAAGUGCGGCUUCGACAAGUGCCGAGGCAUCAUCGGGGGGAGGAGCCAGCGAGUGAAUGGCCUCUUGAGCAAAUCCAACCAGCCGGUCACUGCCCAGAGGAGGCCCAGCCGGUCCAAAGAGAAGAGGAAAUCAAAGCACAAGUUGAAGAAGAGGAAGGGUCACAUGCACGAGGAGCCCAGUGAAAGUUCAAGCACCCCAACGCGGUUGACUCCACAGCUGCAAAUGAAGCCGAUGUCCAACAGGGAAAGGAAUUUUGUGCUGAAGCAUCAUGUCUUCCUGGUGCGCAACUGGGAGAAGAUCCGGCAGAAGCAGGAGGAAGUCAAGCACGCCAGCGACAACCUCCACUCCGCCUCGCUAUACACACGCUGGAAUGGGAUGUGCCGGGACGACGGCAACAUUAAAUCCGACGUCUUCAUGACCCAGUUCUCCGCCCUUCAGACCUCCCGCUCCGUGCGGACACGGCGGCUGGCUGCGGCCGAGGAGAACCUGGAGGUGGCGCGGGCAGCCCGCCUCGCGCAAAUCUUCAAGGAGAUCUGCGAUGGCAUCAUCUCGUACAAAGAUUCCUCUCGGCAGACGCUCGCCACUCCGCUGCUGAAUCUUCCUCCGAAGAAAAAGAACGCAGAUUACUACGAAAAGAUUUCCGACCCCCUCGACCUCACCACCAUCGAGAAACAGAUCCUGACGGGCUAUUACAAGACGGUGGAAGCUUUUGAUGGCGACAUGCUGAAGGUCUUCCGCAACGCUGAGAAAUACUACGGCAGGAAAUCUCCUAUCGGGCGGGACGUCUGCCGGCUUCGGAAGGCGUACUACAAUGCCCGCCACGAGGCGGGCGCCCAAAUCGACGAGAUCGUGGGGGAGACGGCGAGCGAGGCGGACAGCAGCGAGACCUCCAUGUGCGAGAAGGAGAGCGGGCACGAGAAAGACGAGGACGUCAUCCGGUGCAUCUGCGGCUUGUACAAAGACGAAGGGCUCAUGAUCCAGUGUGACAAGUGCAUGGUUUGGCAGCACUGCGACUGCAUGGGAGUGAACUCUGACGUCGAACACUACUUGUGCGAGCAGUGUGAACCUCGCACGGUGGACCGGGAGGUACCUAUGAUUCCCCGACCUCAUUAUGCCCAGCACGGUUGCGUUUAUUUCAUCUGUCUUUUACGGGAUGACCUCUUGCUUCGCCAAGGAGACUGCGUGUACCUGAUGAGAGACAGCCGGAGGACCCCGGACGGCCACCCAGUCCGGCAGUCGUAUCGCCUGCUGUCCCACAUCAACCGGGACAGGCUUGACAUCUUCCGCAUUGAAAAACUCUGGAAAAAUGAAAAAGAGGAGCGGUUCGCAUUUGGCCACCACUAUUUCCGUCCACACGAAACACACCACUCCCCUUCCCGCAAGUUCUACCACAACGAGCUGUUCCGGGUGCCGCUGUACGAGAUCAUCCCCUUGGAGGCGGUGGUGGGGAACUGCUGCGUGCUGGACCUCUACACCUAUUGCAAAGGACGGCCAAAAGGGGUGAAGGAGCAGGACGUGUACAUCUGCGACUACCGCCUCGACAAAUCGGCCCACCUCUUCUACAAGAUCCACCGCAACCGCUACCCUGUGUGCACCAAGUCCUAUGCCUUCGACCACUUUCCUAAAAGGCUCACUCCGAAGAGAGACUUCUCGCCUCAUUACGUACCAGACAAUUACAAGAGAAAUGGAGGGAGGUCGUCUUGGAAAUCCGACCGUUCCAAGUCCCAGAAUAAAGACCUCAGCCAAGAGGAGGACCCCCUUCCUCUCAUGGAGGACGUCAUCCCGAGUCAGGAGCAGGUGCCCAGCGAGCAAGCGCCCAGCCUGGAAGACCCGGAGAAGGAGGCGCUCCCUCAGGAAAGCGGCGAGGCGGACAAGAAGGCGGAGGAGAGCAGCCCCGUCCCCAGGCGGCCGUGCACCCCGGAGGAACGCCGGCACAUGCAGCGAGAGAGGCUGAACCAGAUCCUCCUCACUCUCCUAGAGAAAAUCCCAGGAAAGAAUGCCAUCGACGUCACCUACCUGCUGGAGGAAGGCUCGGGGCGGAAGCUGCGGCGGCGCACGCUGGGUCUCCCGGAGAGCAGCUUCAGGAAGUGACACCGUGUCCCGGAGAGAGGCUGUGGCCUAUAGAUGCCCU